AUUCCUAUUUUGGUACACAUGAGAAGGAAAGAGAGACAUAAGCACAUUAUUGGCAGCUGGAAACACUCUCUCCUCUGCUCCCUUUUGAAUGUAUUCAAAUUACAAUUUUCUUUCCUCACCACACUGUCCUCUCCUCUCAUGACUCCCACCAACACCGCCGCUGCCAGCCCCAAACCGUCUCCGCCACGGUGGCAUUUACUGCCCAUCACAACCAUCAUUCUCUUCUUGUUGGGUUCUCAGAUCUGUGCUGUUUCAGCUGCAGAAAAUGGCAUGGAAAACCCUAGUCUUGCACGAGCCUACACUGCAUUACAAGCAUGGAAACUCGCCAUUUUCUCUGAUCCAUUCAACUUCACUGCAAAUUGGAAAGGCCCUAAUGUUUGCUCCUACGGAGGAGUGUAUUGUGCACCAUCAACUCGCAAUGCAUCGUACAAAGUUGUAGCUGGUAUUGAUCUCAACCACGGUGACAUAGCCGGGUACCUCCCGGAUGAGCUCGGGUUACUAACCGAUCUUGCGCUCUUCCACAUUAACUCUAACCGGUUCUGCGGCGUAGUCCCCAAGAGUUUCAUCAAAUUGCAGCUCCUUUUUGAGCUCGAUAUUAGUAACAAUCGCUUUGUAGGGGGUUUUCCUGAAGUAGUCCUCUCGUUGCCUUCAUUGAAAUUCUUGGACUUAAGGUUCAAUGAAUUCGAGGGCCCUGUCCCAAAAAGGCUUUUUGAUAAGGAUUUGGACGCGAUUUUCCUUAACGAUAAUAGGUUCCGGUUUGGCAUACCGGAGAAUCUCGGGAAUUCGCCGGUGUCUGUUUUAGUGUUGGCCAAUAAUAACCUCGGAGGUUGUAUACCGGGCAGCAUUGGUAAAAUGGGGAAUACUUUGAAUGAGCUGAUACUGCUGAAUGAUAAUUUAACUGGUUGCUUGCCUCCCCAGAUAGGAAUGCUAAGAAAUCUAACUGUGUUUGAUGUUAGUUUUAACCACCUCCAAGGUCCUUUGCCAUCGGAGAUUAGUCGAAUGAGGAGCCUCGAGCAGCUAGACGUGGCACAUAACCGCCUCACGGGGGAGGUGCCGGCUGCCGUCUGCCAGCUUCCUAGGCUGCAAAACUUCACGUAUUCGUUCAAUUACUUCACCAGAGAGGCACCACAAUGCGCAAGAUUUGGGGGAGGAAAAGUGUUGGAUGGGCGGAAGAAUUGUAUUUCAGGGAAGAAUGAUCAAAGGUCCAUUAAAGAGUGUUCUUCUGAUGAUGCUAAGCCAUUUGAUUGUAGCAAGUCAAAGUGCGGUAGCAGUGGUGAUGGAGGUGGCGGCGGUGCGCCACCAGUUUCACCAAAGCCACCAUCGCCUAAGCCAGGUAAUGGGCCGGAGCCGUUUAAUACGCCACCACCACCUACAUCAAGGUCUUCACCAAAUUUUAAGUCACAUCCUCCUCCACCGUCUUCACCUCCAACGAAGUCCUUCCAUGCACCGCCAUCUCCUCCGCCACCCACCCACAAUGUGUCACCGGGGACUCAUCUACGGCCACCACCUCCACCAGUUCACCAUGAGAAACCCUCUAAGCAUGCACCUCCACCUCCACCUCCACCUCCACCACCAGUGCCCUUUGAGCCCACUACUCCGCCACCUCCACAUCCUCAGAGCUCAACUCCACCGCCCCCACCACCACCAACACAUUAUGGUUACACUCCACCCCCGCCUGAGAGCUCAACUCCUACUUACCAACCUAAAUCACCUCCACCACCGCCAACUCAUCACGGUUACCCUCCUCCACCGCCAGAACACCAGCAUUCAAUGCCACCAGCUCCAUCACCAUCACCAUCAGGGUAUUCCCCAUCACAUCCUCAUUCCCCACCACCACCCUCCAGCAUAUGCAACGAACCACCACCACCUCCAAAACAACAAUGGCACUACCCACCUUCACCUGCACCUGCACCUCCACCACCAACACAUGCACAUUCAUCUCCUCCGUCACCCUCUCUACCGCCACCACAUUACGUUUAUUCAUCACCUCCGCCGCCGGUGCAUGAAAACAACCCGCUACCACCAAUAAGAGGAGUCUCCUACGCAUCUCCUCCACCACCCGCCAUUCCAUACUACUGACCCUCUUCAAAUUGAGGGGACUACCAGUUCAAGAAUCGCUAGUAUAGUUUUGAUUUGUUUUUAUUAAUAUUUCUGUUCUCAAUUUUUACCUUAAUUAUGUAUGAGAAUGAGUUGGAUAAUAUGGAAUUAACAAUCACUAUUUGUUAAUUUUAUAC